AGAGCGGUUGUCGGUUGUUUCUACGCUCGAAGCGAAUGUAUUUCGGCGUUGAAAAUACAAAUUUUAAGUGAAAACCCUAAAGAAAUUGAAAACCAAUAGCAGCAACAACAACAACAACAACAACUACAAGAGCAGCAGCAACAAGAAGAAUAAAGACUUAUAAAGCAUUGAAGAGAGCGAACGCGAGUGCGAAGCAAGUGUGAGUGAGAGACAAUUGUCGUUGUCGUCGUUACGUUUUGUGGUUUAAGCAGCAGCAGCAGAGCAGCAGCAGCAGCAGCAACAGCAGCGUCAAAGUCAGCACAAAUAUGUCAAGCGAUUCGAGUCGACGCAUUCAGGUGCCCGAGGAGCUGAAGGAGGUGUUGCUACAAUUCUCGAUAUCCUAUUUGGUUGAGCAGCCACCAGAUGUCAUUGACUUUGCCGUCGAAUAUUUCAACAAACUGCAAGAGAAUCGACCAACUAAGACCAGCACCGAGGAAGAUGACAAGCAAAGUGUCAACUCACAAGAUGAUGCCGAACCACCUGUAGUACUAUCCACACGUCGUAAAUCAGUAUUCGCCGAGGCCUACGAUCCUGAGGCAGAUGAUGAUGAUGAGGGCGCCACUGCCAUAUUCCCUAAGACAGAUGACCAGCGUGCACGUCUCAUUGAGUCGGUUAAGAAUGUGCUGCUCUUCCGUUCGCUGGAAAAGGAACAGAUGAACCAAGUGCUGGAUGCAAUGUUCGAGCGUAAAGUGCAGCCAGGCGAUUAUAUUAUACGCCAGGGCGAUGAUGGUGAUAACUUUUAUGUUAUUGAAUCUGGCAUCUACAAAGUGUAUAUUAAUGAUAAACAUAUUAGCACCUACAAUCAUACUGGACUAUUUGGUGAAUUAGCGCUGCUUUAUAAUAUGCCCAGAGCGGCCACUGUGCAAGCGGAAACUCCCGGUUUACUCUGGGCCAUGGAUCGUCAGACAUUCCGACGCAUUUUGCUCAAGUCGGCAUUCAAGAAGCGAAAAAUGUAUGAGGAGCUGCUCAACAGUGUGCCCAUGCUCAAGGCUCUGCAGAACUACGAGCGCAUGAAUCUGGCCGACGCUUUGGUUUCAAAAAGCUAUGACAUGGACACUCGCAUUAUCAAGCAGGGUGACGCUGCUGACGGCAUGUACUUCAUUGAGGAGGGCAUGGUAUCGGUGCGCAUGGAUCAGGAGGAUGGUGAAAUUGAGAUAUCCAAACUGGGCAAGGGCCAAUACUUUGGCGAACUGGCGCUGGUCACACAUCGGCCACGUGCCGCCUCCGUCUACGCUACGGGCGGUCCCGUUAAGCUCGCAUUUCUGGAUGUGAGGGCAUUUGAGCGUCUGCUCGGACCCUGCAUGGAUAUUAUGAAGCGCAACAUUGAUGAUUACGAGUCGCAGCUGAUGAAGAUAUUUGGCAGUAAAAAUAAUAUAACCGAUACACGAUAA